AUGUCUCCUGGUGGUGGGCAAGAGGGCAUCUUGGGAAAUGGGAACUGGGAGGAAAUAACACCUGAAUGGCGGCCCAUCAACGUUCAAGCAUCGGAUACCACAAAGGAGUGGGCAAAACUCGUUCAGCCAGCCGGAUUAUGGAAGUCUGCUACAUCGCGCAGAAUUGGGAAUGGAGGUGGAGGAGGAGGACCAGGUGGGCGCCGCACGGCAUAUCUCGACGGCAUAAGAGGUUUCGCUGCCUUCCUAGUAUACUGCGGACACCACCAGCUGUGGACGCACGAGAUGAUGUCAGCCGAGGAGAUAUUCGAGAAUGCGUUUGGUUAUAAAGGACAUUUUUAUUUUGCUUUGUUGCCUGGCAUCCGAGUGUUCUUCUCUGGUGGCCAUUUCGCUGUCAGCGUGUUUUUCGUGUUGUCUGGAUAUGUGUUGGCUGCGAAACCGUUGAGUCUGAUGGUUGAUGGCGACUAUGUGAAAUUAGGGGAAAAUAUAGCCUCUUCGUUGUUUCGACGCUGGUUGCGGCUGUUUCUACCCGUCAUCGCCACAACGUUUCUAUACAUGACUUCGUGGCAUGUGUUGGGUAUCCGAACGGAGCGGGAGCCGUGCAUGACUUACCGCGAGGAGCUGUGGAAUUGGUUUUCCGAGUUCAAGAACUUUAGCCACAUUUUCAGAACUGGUAGUGACCCUUGGUUUUCGUACAACUUCCACGUGUGGUCGAUCCCCGUCGAAUUCAAGGGCUCGAUGCUCAUUUACACCUCGUUACAGGCAUUUUCGAGAUGUACGAGGAAUGCGCGGUUAUGGUGUGAAGUAGGACUGAUUUUCUACUUCAUGUACAUCACAGAUGGAGCGCAUUUUUCGCUGUUCAUGGCCGGAAUGCUUCUGUGUGACCUCGAUCUGCUCGCCCGCAACAACAACCUACCACGUUUCAUUGCAAAUAUGGAGCCACAUAAACGAACACUUGCCUACAUAGCUCUAGGCAUCAGUGUCUACCUAGGCGGAGUCCCCUCACAAAAUGCCGACAUCCAAGUCCUUAGGUCGUCCCCAGGGUGGUACAUGCUAUCCUUUUUCAAACCCCAGGCCGUCUUCGACUACAAAUGGUUCUUCCUGUUUUGGGCCGCAACGUUAAUCGUCGCGUCAAUCCCACGCAUACCAGCAUUGAAAUCCUUUUUCGAGACGCCCUUCAAUCAGUAUCUCGGUCGCAUAUCGUUCUCUUUCUACCUGGUGCACGGACCAAUCCUUUGGACGCUUGGUGACCGAAUAUACGCCGCAACCGGUUGGUUGAGAGAAUCUCAUGCCGUCAAUUUACCGGGAUGGAUUAACCGAUUCCCACUGCCAAAAGUCGGUCCACUUGGCCUGGAAUUGGCAUGUCUCCUCCCCCAGUUGAUUCUUCUGCCGCUUACACUGUGGCUGGCAGAAAUCACAACAAGACUCAUAGACGAGCCCAGCGUGAAAUUGGCCCAGUGGGCAUACGCUAAAACUCAACCCUCAUCAUCACAGCAAUCGUGA